CACACUGACCUGUGUAAUUGUCAAAGGCGAAGGCGAGCGAGAGACGAUAAAUAAUUUUUAUUUUUGCUUUAAUUAUUCGUGCGCAGAAAUGAAAUUCUAUUGUCGAAAAAUGCUGGAAAGUGUGUUUGUGUGAGAAAAUAGUGUAAACAUAUUGCCACUGUCAAACGUAAAGGCAAAAAUUCCUUGAAAUAAUUUCCAAUUGGAAUUGAGCAAACAGGGUGUCUGUUUGCGUAUGUGUGUGCGUGUGUGCUGUGCCUGUGUAUGUGCCAUCCUUAAUUUUUUCGCACAUAUGUAUGUAUGUACAUACACAUGUAUGUAGCUGAACAUUUUUCUCUAAUAUACCAACAAUCGAGAGCGCACACAUAGCAAGGCGAAGAGAGCAGCACGGCGCACAGCCACAGCCACGGUACCCUUGCGAGAAAAGUACAACUUCAAUUACCUCUCAAUUGGCAGACACCCCACUAAUCGAAACCGUUUUGUAACCACCGCUGCCGCAUUGACGCGGCGCUGCCGAUAAAUCCUGCCAAGAUCCAGAUCGACACAGCAUCAACAACAACAACAACAAACACAAGAGAGCUACAAGUGCGGCUGAAGCAAUCAGCGAAAUGUUUACGGGUAAACUUCAGAUUAAGGUUUGCGAGGCGAGCGGCCUGCGUCCAACAGAUUUUCAAAAGCGCCACAAUUUAACGUUUGGCAAAUUGGCCGAUGAGCAGCUGAUCGAUCCCUACGUGUCCAUAGAUGUCGACGAGAGUCAUUUUGAUCGUUCGACAACCCGACCAAAGACAUUCGAUCCAGUAUGGAACGAGCAGUUCGUCCACGACGUGACCAACGCACGUAACAUCAACUUAACUGUUUUUCAUGAUGCAGCCCUGCCACCGGAUGACUUUGUUGCCAAUUGCAUUAUACCAUUCGAGGAUCUAAUGCAAAGCGAAUCAGGUGCUCCGGAUCUAUGGAUUAACCUGGAACCACAGGGCAAGAUCCACGUCAUUAUCGAGUUGAAGAGCCGCAAUGGUAGACAUGAGCAUUAUGAUCAAGCUAAAGCGGAUGCCGAGGUGGAGCAGACUGUGGCAGUUAAUAAGGAGUUCAAGGAACGCGCUGGCUUCAAUCGACGCCGUGGUGCUAUGCGCCGUCGUGUGCAUCAAGUCAACGGGCAUAAGUUUAUGGCCACGUUUUUGCGCCAGCCGACCUUCUGUUCACAUUGUCGGGAAUUUAUUUGGGGAAUUGGUAAACAAGGCUAUCAAUGUCAAGUCUGCACAUUAGUUGUACAUAAAAAAUGCCAUCUGUCUGUGGUCUCCAAAUGUCCUGGUAUGCGCGACGAGCAAGCCAAGGUGGAAGUGGUGCCGGCCGGGCAGCGGUUCAAUGUCAAUGUGCCGCAUCGAUUUGUGGUGCACAGCUACAAGCGUUUCACAUUCUGCGAUCAUUGCGGCUCGUUGCUCUAUGGACUAAUUAAGCAGGGCCUGCAAUGCGAGACAUGUUACAUGAACGUCCACAAACGGUGCCAAAAGAAUGUGGCCAAUACCUGCGGCAUCAACACCAAGCAAAUGGCCGAGAUACUCAGUUCGCUGGGCAUCUCACCGGAUAAACAGGGCCAGCAGCCGCGACGCUCCAAAUACUUGAGUCAACCAGGUGGAGAGGACAAUUAUGGCGCUUCACUGGGUGGCGAGGGUGGCGACGGUGUGCCAGGUGCCUCAUUUCGAAGCGGCACGUUGUCCGCUGAUAGCUUGGCCACGUCAACGAGUACGUUGACCAGCGGAUACAAUAGCAGCAGCUGCAUGAGCCUAGCCGUGGGUGGCGGAGAUUCCCGUCCUGGCAAGUGCUCGCUAGUAGACUUUAACUUUAUUAAGGUGCUUGGCAAAGGCUCGUUCGGCAAAGUGAUGCUGGCCGAGAAGAAGGGCACCGAUGAGAUCUAUGCCAUUAAAGUCUUGAAGAAGGAUGCCAUUAUACAGGAUGAUGAUGUUGACUGCACGAUGACCGAAAAACGCAUCUUGGCCCUGGCCGCCAACCAUCCGUUCCUUACGGCGUUACAUUCUUGUUUUCAGACCCCAGAUCGCUUAUUCUUUGUUAUGGAGUAUGUUAACGGUGGCGAUUUGAUGUUUCAAAUACAGAAGGCUCGCCGCUUUGAAGCGGGCCGUGCUGCGUUUUAUGCCGCCGAGGUCACUCUUGCCCUGCAGUUUCUCCACACCCAUGGCGUUAUCUAUCGCGAUCUGAAGCUUGACAAUAUACUGCUCGACCAGGAGGGGCAUUGUAAGCUCGCUGACUUUGGCAUGUGCAAGGAGGGCAUCAUGAACGGCAUGUUGACCACGACAUUCUGUGGCACACCCGACUACAUAGCCCCCGAAAUUCUCAAGGAACAAGAAUACGGCGCAUCCGUGGACUGGUGGGCGUUGGGCGUUCUUAUGUACGAGAUGAUGGCUGGCCAGCCUCCUUUUGAGGCUGACAAUGAAGAUGAGCUUUUCGACUCUAUAAUGCACGAUGAUGUGCUUUACCCCGUGUGGUUGUCCCGCGAAGCCGUGUCCAUCUUGAAAGGUUUUCUCACAAAGAACCCAGAGCAGCGUUUGGGCUGUACAGGUGACGAGAACGAAAUCCGCAAGCAUGCAUUCUUCAAUAAACUGGACUGGAAGGAGCUGGAGAAGCGCAACAUAAAGCCACCAUUCCGACCAAAAAUGAAAAACCCACGUGAUGCCAACAAUUUCGAUGCCGAAUUCACCAAAGAGGAGCCCGUGCUAACACCAAUUGGUAAUGAUGUCAUUCGUUGCAUUAAUCAGGAUGAGUUCGCCGGCUUCUCCUUUGUCAAUCCCAAGUUUGGGCCGGAGCGCAAGGUGUUUUAAAGCGGCGACCGUUGGAUAAUUGGAUUGGAUAUGCGCUUAGUGUUGGCGGGAAAUAAACCAGCAAACUGGAUCAGUUGAAAUUUUAA